UUCACGGGGCGAUAGAAACACCAUAAAAAGAAUGUCGACAGUUUCAUUUUCUAGCAGGUUAUUUGUCAAGGGUUCAUAAAGGUGAGUUGAGCUGACCAUUCAGUCACAGCCAGGAAUGAAGACGCGUCACACACGUCCAAACACGGACUGAGCAUCACGUUUCGAAGAGCGGCGAGGAUACUGAGCUUCGGUCGUUGGACGGUCCAUACAAGAACCGAAUCUAAUUCUGUGGCUUUAAAUAGUGAAACAGUUAUACUAGACAAACUGUGUUGUUUUUUUAUCGCGCUGUAGUGACAGACGUGUAUCUUAAGUGCGAGUAUGUGACAGUCUGCUGCGCGUGAUGUGCAUGCGAACAAACCUGGAUGAACUUAAUAGGUAAACACAGUUUUACAUUACUGUUCCUGUCGUAGAUGUGUUAUUUAUGCCUGUUAAUAAUUUGCAUAAUGUAGCCAUAACAGCAGCUUCACGUUACGUGGAGAUAAUAACGUUUUGAAAUACGCAAAAAUAAGGCAAUCUAAAUGUUGUCUUGAACUAAUAAUGCUUGCACAGAAAUUUGAUAUGGACGCAUAUAUCUUUCUAAAGAGAUGGGCUGGAUGCAGUUAAACAUGUUGUCAUCUCCAUCUCCACGUCCGGUGAAGUGAACAACACACCGGAAAGCAAGGCUUAAACGUGCUCAAUUGAUUCUGCACUGAAGCUUAAUGGAUAAAUGAUGUCUAAAACUUUGAAGAGGAAGAAACACUGGUCAACUAAAGUGCAGGAGUGCGCCGUGUCGUGGGGAAGCGUCGGGGAGUUCGGUGAUGUUGUGGAGAUCCUCGGAGGCGCCGAGCACGGGGAGUUCCCGUUUCUUGGUCAGAUGAACUUGGACGUGCUGGUGUGUCACGUCGGGAGACUACCGUACUACGGGGAUGUAUUAUUGGAGGUGAACGGAACACCUGUCAGCGGGCUGACGAACCGAGACACGCACGCGGUGAUCCGCCACUUUCGAGAGCCGAUUCGCAUUAAGACCGUCAAACCAGGUAAAGUGCUGAACCCUGAUUUGAGGCAUUAUCUUAGCCUGCAGUUCCAAAAAGGAUCAAUCGAUCACAAACUACAGCAAGUGAUCCGAGACAACCUCUACCUACGAACGAUUCCAUGUACCACACGGCUGCCCAGAGAAGGGGAAGUUCCUGGAGUGGACUAUAAUUUUAUCAGCGUGGGGGAUUUUCGCAUAUUGGAAGAAAGUGGUUUGCUGCUGGAGAGCGGAACAUAUGAUGGUAACUUCUAUGGCACUCCGAAACCUCCUGCCGAGCCUAACUUGAUUCAGCCUGACCUAGUGGACCAGGUUCUGUUUGAGGAGGAUUAUGGCACUGAGGUUCCAAGAAAGAGAACCACCUCUGUCAGCAAGAUGGAUCGCAAGGACAGCACCGUCCCCGAAGAGGAGGAGGAUGAGGAACGACCACAGCUCCCAAACGGCAUCCCAGAGAGGACAGAGGAGUGGAGGAAAACCGUGCCCAGCUACACUCAGUCCAGUGGCGGAGGCAGUGCAGUUGGCAGUGGAACAUUGGAACUUCGCACCUGGAGCUCUUUACCCAGAGACGACAGCCUGGAACCCUUGCCAUACAACUGGGAAAUGGCCUACACGGAGACUGGCAUGGUCUACUUCAUAGAUCAUAACACAAAGUCGACAACAUGGUUGGACCCCCGUCUGGUCAAGAAAGCCAAGCCCCCCGAAAAGUGUGAGGAUGGAGAACUUCCAUAUGGUUGGGAGGAGAUUGAUGAUCCGCAGUACGGCACAUAUUAUGUUGAUCACAUAAACCAGAGAACCCAGUUUGAAAAUCCAGUUCUAGAAGCCAAGAGAAAACUUGGUUUGGACACUGCAGUUGCUACUCAAAACCAACAGAGGGCAGCACCUCCUCCAGGUGGAGUUGGUGGUACCCCCGGGUUCACACGGGACCCAACCCAACUGAAGGGUGAGCUGUACCACACGGCUCUCAGGAAGAGCCAGCAGGGCUUUGGAUUCACCAUCAUUGGAGGAGAUCGAACUGAUGAGUUCCUACAGGUGAAGAAUGUUCUCGGAGACGGCCCAGCUGCCCAGGAUAACAAGAUGGCCUCUGGUGACGUUAUCGUUGAAAUCAACGGCACACUUGUCUUAGGCAAGACCCAUGCUGAUGUUGUACACAUGUUCCAGUGCAUCCCCAUCAACCAAUACGUUGACAUGGUCCUCUGCCGCGGAUACUCGCUUCCCCCUGAUGUGGACACGGAUAGCGAAGACCUGCCCCCUCCCCCUCCUCCUCCAACUGGAGAGAUUGUAACUGCUGUACCCCUCAUCAACGGCCAACCAUUGCUUGUCAAAGGUGAUGCCCUCCACGGCUCCUCACAAGAGCUUCACUACGUUACCACAGAUUCCAGUGGGCGGCCCGUGGUCGCCGCGCUUCCUCCCAGCACAGGCGGUGCCAACGAUAGGCCCGAAACCGGGAUGCUGCAGCCAGAGCUGGUGAGCGUGUCGAUCAUGAAGGGACCUGGUGGGUUUGGGUUCGCCAUCGCAGACUGUCCGCUGGGCCAGAAGGUGAAAAUGAUUCUGGAUGAGCAGUGGUGCCGUGGUCUGCUCAAAGGAGAUGUUAUAAAGGAGAUUAACAGGCAGAACUUGCAAACGCUGAGCCAUGCGCAGGUAGUGGAUAUAUUGAAGGACCUGCCUGUGGGAAGUGAAGUCAAUCUUUUGGUGCUGAGAGGAGGUCAGACAUCGCCUGUGAAGAGUUUAAGACCUAGACAGGGAAUGAGUGCCAGCACAGAGACUCUGGACCGUUACCAUGACAUCAUGGUACCCCCGGCAUUGACCUAUCAUGCAAACACACUGCCAUGCAGCUCACCAAAACAAGAUGCUUCACUCCACUACAGCAAACCCAAAGCCUUGCUGGAGAGCAUAGGGUCACUUCCUGCAGUACCUCACUAUAAAGAGUUGGAUGUGUUCAUUAAGAGAGAUCAGGAGUCAGGGUUUGGCUUCCGUGUGCUGGGUGGAGAGGGCGCAGAACAGCCAGUAUACAUUGGUGCCAUCAUUCCCCAGGGGGCGGCAGAGAAAGAGGGCCGUCUGAGGGCUGGAGACGAGCUGAUUGGCAUCGAUGGCAUCACAGUUAAAGGGAAAUCUCACAAACAAGUUCUGGAUCUGAUGACUAACGCAGCCCGCAACGGACAAGUGCUCCUCUCUGUUCGCCGGAAGGUCAUUUACAGAGAUUCCUCAGAGGAUGUUGGGAGUGGGGCUCUGACCCUUGUGAAUGGCUCACCGCGGCUUCCACGGAUCCAGGUGCCAAGCAUCAAGGACCAGGAGUCAUUUGAUAUCACGCUCCAUCGUAAAGAUAAUGAGGGCUUUGGUUUUGUCAUUCUGACCUCGAAGAGCAAACCACCACCUGGAGUGAUCCCUCAUAAGAUUGGACGUAUAAUCGAAGGCAGUCUGACGGAUCGCUGCGGUUUGCUGAAUGUGGGUGACCGCAUAUGCGCUGUGAACGGUCAGUCCAUCAUAGAGCUCUCGCACAACGGCAUUGUUCAGCUUAUCAAAGACGCUGGGAACUCCGUCACACUCACUGUCGUUCCAGAGGAUGAGUACAAAGGCCCGCCCUCAGGAGCCAGCUCAGCCAAACAAAGUCCCGCACCACUGCACAAGAUUCUGAAAUCCACCACUCAGGACGAGAGGUAUAUUUUGGACAUGGAUGAGAUCAGGGAUGAGCUUACAUGGACGGAGUAUAAAGCUCUUCCCAUUAGUGAGCAGGGAACACUGUGUGUCACCAAACAGGGCUGUAUUGCGGUUGAGUUGGAGCGGGGUCCUCGUGGUUUUGGUUUCAGUCUUAGAGGAGGAACGGAGUAUAACAUGGGCCUUUACAUCCUGCGGCUGGCUGAGGACGGCCCUGCUUUACAGGAUGGCAGGAUACACGUAGGAGAUCAGGUAGUGGAGAUUAAUGGGGAACAGACACAAGGCAUCAGUCACACUAGAGCCAUUGAGCUCAUCCAAGCUGGAGGAAACAAAGUGCUACUCUUACUGCGACCACAAGCCCUCUUAUCUGAAAACAGUUCUCAAGGGGACUAUCCUGACCCACAGGGAUCCAACACUUCAAACAUUCUCCACAGGUCUCCUCUCCUUCAUCCAUCAUCCCCCUCAGUGAAGAAGAGAACAUCAGACCUGCCAAGCUCCAUGGCCCGUUCUCAUGCCUCCUUAGAUCUCACUCACCAGGAUCUGUGGCCUAAAGACAGUACCAGGGAGAAGCUUGCCAAACCACGAAACCCCAGCUCUUUCAACGCCUCAAAGCAACGACGCAUCAAGAGUCAUUCUGCAGAGAACCUCCUUUAUCUUGGAGAUACUACAAAAUACAAAAGCCCAUCCAUAGCCAAAGACAAAGCUCACAGCUACAAUGAAAACCUGCAACUAAGCUCUCAGUACUUCAACAAGGAUAGGAAGUCCAACCAACAGAGUCACUCAGUCAGUCCCAAGAAGUCCAUGCACGAAGAACAAGAAGUUGUAAUUGGCAAUGGGCAGGGAAAGAAAGGAAAGAGGAACAUCGUAUGAAGUGGACACCAAGGGCGAAUCAGAGGAAAAGUGACACUGAGAAGAUGAAGAAAUGGGAAGCAAGCGAAAUAAGACUGGAGAUGGCGAGGGUGAGCGAGGGAGAUGAUAAAGCGAUUGAGCCAAAAUGGGAGACAGAACUGAAAAACACCCAAAGGAAGUAAACAACAAAAGAUAGUGGCACUCACAUAUCAAACAGAGAGGUAGAGCGGAGGAGUAAACAAACAAAGGAUAAAAGAUCAUCGAGGGAUCCAAAAGAGGAAAAUUAUAAAAUAAUGAACUGGAUAAUAGACAAGAAAGAAAACAAAAGAAGAGGAAGUGAGGCUGAUAGCAGAAAAAAUGACAUUGUCACUGAUGCGGCCCCAAUCCAUAACAGGGCAAGUCUAGUCCUAUACAGCCUGAGUCCACUAAACAAUAGCUUUUGGAAGAUCCCUAUCAAUGCUCGCAUUCUCACUCAUGAGGAAGUGAUGCGAGAUGAUCACGAGUAGCUUAUUCUUGUCGAUGCUUGGGUAUCGAAGUUCUGAGGCCUGAAACAUACUCUACACAAAUGCAUGAACGAUUCUAGCAACUCAAACCUCAUUUUCAUGCGUUGUUGCUUUCUGAACGUGUAACAAUGUAACACAUUGCAUUCUCAGUGAGCACGUUUAUAUUCACAGCAAUACGCUGAAAACUAUCAAACACCCACGUAUUAAAAAAAAAACUGUCUAUGUAAGAAACCCGUAAAAUUUGAAAUCAUAGAGUUAUUCUCGGCAUUUGACGUCAAAGCAUAAACAGACGUGCACAAAACUUGCGCACAUUGGAUAAGCCGGUAAAGACGCCGGUAAAUGUGUUUACAUGCGAUGCAAAAUCGCGGUAAUGGACAAAAAUCUGUGUGCUGAUUGUUUUUUCUUAAACCGCUUUUGACCAUACCACGGUAAAGCAAUGCCAUUUAAGGCCUUACCCGUUGUUUACUUGUUGGGUGUAAUCUGAUUACAAAGUAAUUAGCUAAUCUAAUACAUAAUAAUUACUCUAAUCUGAUACAUUUUAGAAUUAAAGAAUACAAUUCUUAUAAUCCGAUAACAGUUACAGACUUUCAAUUAAGGUAUUUUAAGUACUGUACAUUACUUUGGGUUACAUAUAUUUCUUAAAUAUUAUUAAUGGAUAAUACAUUUAAAAUAUGAAUUCAUAUGUUCAUAUAUAUGUCUGUUCGUGAAGAGUGUGCGACAAUUAACUAGGAGGAAAUAUAGACAUUAUUAUAAAUUUGUUGAGCGGAAAAACAAACGUUGUGAAAAGUCUUUUAGAAAAUUAUUUAAAUUAUAGUAAAUAGUAAUGUGUAAAGUAAUCAGUAAAAUAAUUAUGAUUAUGAUUACAAUUUUAGAGAAGUAACUAGUAAUUUCUAUCAGAUUUUUUGUUUUGUAAUUUACCCAACGCUGUGUAAGAUCAAGCAUUUAAAUGCACUCAGUGUUGUCGCAAGGGGGCGCUAUAGCAGAUAUUAGCAUACAUUUCUUCUACGUCAGUUUUCUCUUUCAAGUCAACUACUGUCAUGGUGGAACAAUAGUUUGAAGUCUUGCUGAGCAAGUUAGCUAAACUGUUGACAUGUUAGUAGCUAGCUACAGUACCUGCAUAAUAACACGUUGUGUUUAAUGGCACAAACAUUGGAAGGUGGAUCUUUUGCUUUGCGUAUUGAGGAUUGUUACCUUCAAUUAUGUUCAACGCCUUUGCGUCUGAGUAUGUGUCUGGCCUUAAACCCUGUUUUCCCCCAGGAACUCUCCCAUCCAGGUACUGAUCAGGCUCACACCUGCUUAGCCUUUUCAGGUAACCAGUUGAGCACACACACAUUCAUGCUGUUUGGGAUUCACAUUUUGAUAUUGUAUUAGUGUUUGUUUUCAGCAAUCGGACUGAUAUACAAACAAUACAAACAUGAGGUUUCCUCCAAACUGUCUUUAUGCAGUUCUGGAGAUCAUCACUUAUAAACUUAACAGACUUGGAGAAUUUCAAGAGGCAAUUUUGGCAGCUUUGUGGCCAAGCACAUGGAGCUCCUUUUGUCUGGACUGCCUCUUUAAAUUUCCUUUGUGCCAACUGACUUUAAACAACAAGAGGACUCUCUAGACGCAUCACAAUGCAAUCCUUCCUUAUGCAAUUAAGGGAACAUGCCCCAUCAAUCACCGAAACAUCAUUGCAAGUUUAUGUUUCAGUCACAAAAGCAUGUCCUUACCCCAAAGAAUAUUUUUUCUGCAUGCAAACUAGAACACAAAAAUUCCUCAUUUUGUUGCAUGCCUUUUCCUGUGCAGACUGUCUAAUGAUUCUAAGCUUUGUAAAUAAGAACUGUUAUCACAGUUGGGGGCUUUACCAGGGACUUUACCAAGACUGUUCUCUUUUUUCCAUAUCUUUGACUCCCUGAACUCCAAAUAUAAUAAUUGCAAAUGACCAGACACUUGUGCUUUAAUAUACCAAGAAAAUGUUUAUUUAUUGAAAACAUGUACAGUAUAUGAAGAUAGAUCCAUGUAGCUUUAUGAAAUUGUGACAUUUAUUUCGGUGUAGAGAUCCAGAGUAAUGCUAAGCACCGUGGUAGUUUUACCUUGUA